GAUGACGCUCAGCAUGUGAUGCAUUUCAACUUCACCGCGUGGCCAGACCACGGCGUCCCGGCGAGCAGCGCAGCGGAAAGCAUCCUGCAGUUUGUAUAUAUGGUGAGACAGAAGGCGGCCAAAACCAAAGGGCCAAUCACAGUGCACUGCAGCGCCGGGGUCGGACGGACCGGAACCUUCAUUGCUUUGGACCGGCUGAUGCAGCACAUUCGGGAUCAUGAAUAUGUUGAUGUUCUGGACCUUGUGGCAGAACUCCGCUCGUACAGAAUGUGCAUGGUGCAGACCGAGGAACAAUUCAUUUUCAUCCAUCAGUGUGUCCAGCUCAUGUGGAAGAAGAAGAAGCAGCAGUUCCGGAUCAGCGACGUCAUCUAUGAGAACGUCAGCAAGUCGUAGAGGAGACGUCCCGGUGAUGAGCGUACAAUCUUGGCUACUUCCAGA